CCAUGACUAGUAUUAAGGAUUCCUUGCCUCAUACUUUCAAUGCUCAAUCCGAUAUCCAGAGAGUGGAGAAAGAUGCGCUCAUCGCCCAGCUUGACGAGCUACUAGAACGGUAUCUUCAUACGCUGGAUGAGUAUGAGAAGGUCAGACGGGAGCUUGCGAAGCAGCUAUCUUCAGGCUAUCUAUCUCUUGCUCAAGCGAACUUCCACAACUCUUCGUCCGCAAUCAGAUACGGACAAGAUUGUUACGAUGAGCGCAUGCAAGCCAUACGAAAGGUUAACGUGAAAGAACCUGAGUCUGAAAUAAUAGAAGGGCGGAUCCGGUUUUCUACCUUCCCGGCCAACGAAAGCGGUAAAGGCGUUAAGAGCACAGAGAAGAGCACGCCGAAAGAGCAAGAAGAUGAGAACGAGAAUAAGCGAGAUUAUGCAUCUGGAGAUCAACAACAGCCAUCAGAGACCCCCAAGACCGGAUCAACAUCAGAAAAAACCUCCGCACCAAGGACUGAUUCAAGAGAGGACCGAGAGAGUACAGCAGAAUCGAGCAAGGUGGUUGACCCACUGCAUUGGUUUGGAAUCCUCGUGCCACCUGCUCUCCGUACUGCGCAAUCAACAUUCAUUUCAGCCGUCGAGGGACCUAUUCCCCAGCUAGCUACCAUAGCUCGCCACCUGCGGACCCAGGAGAUUGAAAUUGGCCGGGUGAGGAAGCAGAUUAAGAAGCUGUAAAUGUGUUCAGGUAGUCAGGAUCAGAGUGCAGGCUGCAUGCUUGAGAGAUUCCAUAUGAUCGACUGCUCAAAAAGUUCCCCAAUGUGCAUGCAAACAUGCGACCGUAGUAGGCAUGUUGUGAUCACUCCCUAAACGCCUCCCAAUGCAUCGCAUCACCAAGCCCCCUCUUGUACGCUUUACACGUCCUUCAUGAGCUCCUCCAGCUCAUCAUCGUCAUCCCAGCCCCCUCCUCUCCUAUUCACUAUAAUCUUGCUCUCUUCCUUCUCAUUCUGUUCCGCGACCGCACCCAGAAUCUCCUUCAACUGCUCCUCCGACACUUUCUGCCGUAUCUGCCCUGUGCGGGCGAGCAUGAUGAGCCGGUUCUCGAUAUCGGUUGCGCGGGACUCUUUGACGAGGCGGAUGCGGCCGAGACGGUCGGCGGCGUCGGGUGUGAGGAUUUGAGCUAGGAUGGAGUUACG